GCGUGGAAGAGCGACGUGCGAUAGGUCCGAGGCCACCCGUUGGUCAAAGAACCCGAAAGACCGACCAAAUUUCCUCCUCCUUCCCAAAAUUGCCGAUUAAAUCUCAGGCGCCCAUCGCUCGAAGCGGCGUAAAGGAGCGAAAUUGAUCGCAGUUUCGGGCACCCAAUGGCCCAAAGCUCCAGACCCCCAAGCGUUCUCGAUUCCUUGGGCGAGGAAAUCAUCAAGAUCGUCACCCCCGUCUCGAUUUGCAUGUUCUUGGUGGUGAUCUUGGUCUCCGUGUUGGACUCCUCGUCUUCUUCGUCGUCUACGUCGGCCGCCUCCAUGGCCACGAUUGCAUACUCCGAGAACGACUCAGACUCUUCCUGGGACAAGUUUAUAGGUGCGGUUUGGAACUCCCUUGCAUUCGUCGCCAUCGUCACUGUCGUCACUUUCGUGUUGGUGCUCUUGUUUUACCUGAGAUGCACUCGGUUCUUGAAGUUCUACAUGGGUUUCUCAGCUUUCAUCGUCCUAGGCUUCCUGGGAGGUGAAAUCGCUUUGUUCCUCAUUCAAGAUUUCAGUAUCCCAGUUGAUUGUAUUACGUUUUUCGUGGUUUUGUUCAAUUUUGCUGUUGUGGGUGUAUUGGCCGUGUUCGUUUCCAAGAUGGCGAUUUUUGUGACGCAAGGGUAUUUGGUGGUUAUUGGCAUGUUGGUUGCUUAUUGGUUUACUAUGCUGCCCGAAUGGACUACUUGGGUUCUAUUGGUUGCUAUGGCGCUGUAUGAUCUUGCUGCUGUUCUGUUGCCUGUGGGGCCACUGAGGCUCCUGGUGGAGCUCGCGAUAUCCAGGGAUGAAGAUAUCCCUGCACUGGUUUACGAGGCGAGGCCGGUGACUCAUCGCGAUUCAGGUCACGAGGGUCGUGUAGUUCAAAGAAGAGUGUGGAGAGAGAGGCCUAAUUCUGCUCAUGAUCCAGCUGAGGUUCCUAAGUUAAAUUCAACGGUUAAUCCUGCAUUGCAUGGAAAUUCAACCAAUGACUCAAUGUCCAAUACUAAUGCCGCAUCCAUUGCAAAUGAAAAUGUCACAAAUACAGUUGCAGUCCAAGAGACACUGUCACAAUGCCUUGAAGGAGAAAGUGAGCUUUCUGCACCAUUGAUCGACCACAGAAUAAACGUCAGUCCUCAGGGGCAUGAAGAUGCUGUACCGAGUGAGAAUUUGGCACUAGAGGGUAUCGGCCUUGGUUCUUCUGGUGCUAUCAAGCUUGGUCUAGGCGACUUCAUCUUCUACAGUGUUUUAGUGGGUAGAGCAGCGAUGUAUGAUUUUAUGACGGUAUAUGCCUGUUAUCUUGCCAUUAUAGCUGGACUAGGUAUUACAUUAAUGCUGCUGGCACUCUAUCAGAAGGCGCUGCCGGCUCUUCCUGUGUCAAUAUUGCUAGGGGUCUUAUUUUACAUAUUGACUAGGCUCUUUCUUGAAAUAUUUGUUGUACAAUUAGCCUCAAACCUCUUAAUGUUCUAGAGUUCAAUUUAUCCCCAUUUUUCUAUCAUUGGUACCAAAUUGUUCAACAAAAAUGUGUACUUUGUGAUGAUUACGUACUGAUGGGCAAUUAUGAUGUAUUCUAUUCUCA